AACCCCGCGCUCUGAUUGAGGUGGCGUGUCCCCGCCCGGGCGUGUGCGCUCCGCUCAGCCCCGAUGGGGGGACUUGGAGGCUGCAGGGCAGCUGGCCAGGGGUGCUUCUCUGCUCGUGACGAGUGAAGCUGAGGCAGGGGCCCAUCUCGAGCCCUUCUUCCUGCGCGAUUCCCGCGGCUCCCUGUAGGAGGUGAGCGUCCCCUGGCUUGGGCCAGUGGCGUCGUAGGGCUGCGCUGGGCUCGGAUCUCCUGAGUUCGGGCUGUGCAGCUCUGCAGCUUUCAGGUUCCACUUUGACAGAUCGCAUCGGAGGCAGUUGAAGAGUUGGGAAGAGGUGAUUUCAAAGCCUCUUCUGAUUUGCAAAAGCAGCCUGUGACAAACUGACCGGGGAAGACUCUGGGCUUCACCAAGAGAACAAAAUGGCUUCUCAGUGGAUGGUCACCAUGUUGGCAUUGAUAAGUUGGUGUUUGGCGACUGCAGGUCCCGUGCCUCGGACAGAAUGCCAGUCAACUCCUCUCACCCUGUCCAAGCCCUGUUGGAGAGCUUCACUGUCCUUUCCGGCUGUGCAAGCCGGGGCACAACCAGCCUGCCUCAGGAGGUCCAUAUCCUGAAUCUCCGGAAUCCUGAUGAAAGUCCUGGCCAGCCUCGGAGAGAGAUUACCCUGCACCUGAAACCCAUCUCAUCAGUGCACAUCCAUCAGAAGUCUGUUGUGUUCCUGCUCAACUCCCCUCAGCCCUUGGUAUGGAAGUUAAAGACAGAAAGGCUUGCUCCUGGUGUUCCCAGACUUUUCUUUGUGUCAGAAGGUUCGACGGUCCAGUUUCCAGAAGGCAACUUCUCCCUAUCAACCAAAACAGAGGAAAGGAGCUUUCCCCAUGGAAAUGUUCAUUUGUUGCAUUGGGCCCAGAAUGAAUAUGGAGCAGUCACUUCUUUCACUGAACUCAAGAUAUCAAGGAACGUCUACAUCAAAGUGGGUGAAGAUCAAGUUUUCCCUCCCACCUGUAACAUUGAGAAGAAUUUUCUGUCCCUCAAUUAUCUUGCGGAAUAUCUUCAGCCAAAGAUGGCGGAGGGGUGUAUAAUGUCCAGCCUGCCUCACGGCCAGGAAGUACACAUUAUAGAACUAAUCACACCAAACUCGAAUCCCUACAGUGCUUUCCAGGUGGACAUCGUCAUUGACAUUAGACCAUUUCGAAAGGACCCUGAAAUGGUCAAACAUCUUGUCCUGAUCUUGAAGUGCAAGAAGGCCGUUAAUUGGGUGGUCAAAUCCUAUGACGUCAAGGGAAGCCUUAAAGUGAUUGCUCCAAAUAGUAUUGGCUUUGGGAAAGAAAGUGAGAGAUCCAUGGCGAUGACCAAAUCCAUAAGAAAGGACAUGCCUUCGACUCAAGAAAAUUUGGUCAGAUGGGCUUUUGAUAAUGGCUACAGUCCAGUGACAUCCUAUACAAUGGCCCCUGAGGCUAAUCGAUUUCACCUUUGGCUUGAAAAUAAUGAGGAGAUGAGUGACGAGGAAGAGCAUUCAACUCCCCCGGAGCUUCGGAUACUCCUAGGAGGUAGCCCUCUGCCUUCCCCAGAGAACCCUUCCAUCUCAGGAGGAAGUUUUCCUUUUCCAUUCCCUCCCAUCAACAGGAAAGGGAGACCCGAGGAGAAGGGAGAGGAUGGGUUGCCUCGACCAAAGAAGACUCCCAAUCCGAUUCUCCCGCUGUUUCCUAGCCUCAGAGAGCCCCAGGAGGCCCAAGGCCGUGUGGACAUUGCUUUCUCUGUCAAGUGCAAUGAGGAAAAGAUGGUUGUGGCUAUUGAAAAGGAGUCUCUGCAGGCUAGUGGCUACACGGGGACAGAACUUUCCCUGUCCGAUCCAGCCUGCAAAGCCAAGACGAAUGGAAGCCAUUUCAUUUUGGAAUCCCCUCUGGAAGGAUGUGGAACCCAGCAGCGACUGUCUGCCCCUGACAGCAUGGUUUAUUACAACUCGAUUAUAAUGCCGGUAUCAGCCCCUGGGGACAGCAGUGGCUGGCCAACCGAUUACGAAGACUUAGAGUCGGGCAAUAAUGGUUUCCCAGGAGAUACAGAUGAAGGCGAUAGCUUCUUCAUAAGCCGGCCUGAAAUUGUGGUGUUUAAUUGCAGCCUCAGGCAGACAGGGAUGCAAGAUGUAUUCCAUCAGCCCCAGGUCCAGAACAUCACUUUCAACAUGGAGCUGUAUGACACAGAUCUCUUCAUGGUGCCCAUCCCGGGCAUCCUGGAAGUGGUAGAAAAUGGGCACAUCUAUGUUGAGGUUUCCGUUACCAAGGCGGACCAAGACGUGGGAUUUGCCAUCCAAACGUGCUUUAUCUCUCCGAACUCCAACUCUGACAGGAUGUCUGAUUACACCAUCAUAGAGAACAUUUGUCCUAAAGAUGAAUCUGUGAGAUUCUAUUCAACCCAGAAGACACAUUUCUCUCGACUCCAUGCACAGAUGGACAAAAAGAGAUUUAGCUUCAUGCUCAAACCCAUUUUUAACACUUCACUGCUCUUCUUACAAUGCGAGCUCACCUUGUGCACGAAGAAGGAAGCAGCCAACCACAGACUGCCAAAGUGCGUCCCUCCUGAUGAAGCCUGUACCUCUUUGGAUGCGACCAUGAUCUGGGCCAUGAUGCAGAAUAAAAAAACCUUCACCAAACCCCUAGUGGUGGUUCAUGGAGCUGGAACUAUAGCAGAUCCAACCAUUACCAAUCCAGAGAUUUCACCACCAAUUUUACUUGGCCUGGACACGCUCACCGUCAUGGGCAUUGCCUUUGCAGCUUUCGUGAUCGGGGCACUCCUGACGGGUGCCUUGUGGUACAUCUACUCUCAUACGGGAGAGACAGCAGGAAGACAGCAAGUUCCUACCUCCCCUCCAGCCUCUGAAAACAGCAGUGCCGCCCACAGCAUUGGUAGCACCCAGAGCACUCCCUGCUCCAGCAGCACAACCUAACCCCUGGGUCAGCAGGAAAGCCAGCGAGCCUCACUGAGGAGGCAGGGGUUCCAAUGGAUCAUCCAUUCAUUGACACUUGGACCCCAAGCUUAAAAGGUUCAACUUGGUUCCUUUUGAAAGGAGAGAAGAGGUUUUAAUGUUAAACACCACCAGAUAUAUCCAUCCCCAUUUCCCCCAUCACGGUCUUUGGACCUCUCCUUGACAUGGCAGGAUACAUGUAAAAAAAGCCAACAAAACCCCCCAAAAGCCUUUCCUUUCCACUGUUAUCUCCUUGCAGGAGGACUGGAGGCUUCUCAAUGUGAAACACACAUAUCCUUGCUGAACAGGCUGCUUUGUCUGUAAAAAUGCAUCAUCCCUAUUCGGGAUUUCCAACUUUUACCCUGGUGCAAGGAGUUGGUCAAGGGACAGCAACAUGGUGGAAUGAAGUCAUAAGGAAGGUUGAUGAUAGUGGAGACUUCCUUUAAAGGAGAACUGAGGCAUUUAAGGUUCGGAUUUAAAUAGCUCAUGGCAGCUGGUACCUUUGGCCGCAUCCCACCUUUAUUAGGGCGAGCACCUUCUCUGUAUUUUUCUUACGUGCCCUGAAGCUUCUUGUGUUUGCGUGAUGGCUCCUGCCUUUGGUCAGCACUUCAGGCCCCAUAUCAAGGCAACAUUCCUUUCCCUGUGUUAUGGGCCAGAACAACCCCAGGUGACCCAGACACACGUGUGCCCUCAGACAGCAACGAUGUUAUCUUAGUAUAGAUGUUGCACGUGUUGUCCCCACUCUUCCUAAAUAGACCGUGACCAAGUUCUGCAGCCCCUGAUUGGGGUGUCCUUCUGCCUCAGUGAUCCACUUAGACUAGUAUCCAGAUGAGGACAGAAUUUGGUCCUGGAGCCCCUCCCAUGAGAACACACAUACAUGCAUACAGAUGCAUGGAAAUGCCAAUUAACCUGGCAUGAGCUUUUUUUUUUAGGUUGAGAAGAAAUGAUUUUGGUGACCCUCUUUGAAAAUAUCGGAGGGCUUCCUAGUGGGAUCUACUUGUGUGUAUAUUUUGGGGAAUGAGCUCUAUCCCGGCAAAAUAGGUCAAAACUUUAUAGGUUCAGUUUAUAUAUAAUUUUUAAAAAAAGAAAAAAGACAAGCAAGAAGAAAACCAGAAACUUUUUAAAGAUGAAAAUGCAUGGUAGUUUCUGUUAAACUACUGGUUAGUUUACCUGAAUGAUAUAAUUGGCUCUGCCAAAAGUAGUGUCAAAAUAUGGAAAGAGGGUGCUUAUUUGGACCAUUUUUAUUUGGCAUCCUUGCUUUAAAUACAUCCCGAAUUUAAAACAACUUGGAGGUGAAUUGCAUACAAUGAUAUCAUGUGACUGAAAUAUGCUUCCCUGGUACCCUUGUGUUUGAUGGAAGGGGAAAAAAAGUCCUCCAGAGGAAAUUUCUCAUGCCAAAAAAUUCACCCACGGUGACUGCUUCAUUGCCAGGUCUGUAUUCAUCCACUUUCUAGAAUUCCCAAAGAAAUUACUUAGAAUUCCUUAAGCAGGACAGACCACAUUCCACCCUCUCAGACUCACCAGCCAAUCUCAUUUACUUGAGAGCAAUACGGGUUGGACCUGUCAUCCACCAGCAGGAUGUUCUAGACACCAUAUUCUAAGUAGCUACCGAAGACCACUUGGCCACUUGGCUCAGCAAUGGCCGGCCACUUGGCCAAAGUUGAAUGAGACUUGGCAAAGUGAAUUCAGUCUGUUCAGAGCCUCUCGGAUCCGUCUGGCCUGACUUAGUCUUCUUUAGAUUAAAGGAUUAGUUUGGCCAUUUACUGAGACAUGGAUCGAUGAUAAAAACCAUAUAUUUGCCAGACUUGACCGGAAGUAUAGAUUAGCAGGGAAAUUUCCACUUCUGGGGCCUUUUUUUGUUGUUGUUGUUGUUAUCAAACACAUGGACAUCAGAGUAAGGAUUCUAAAAAAUACGCUACCUGUGUUGCAAAUAAUGCGCUUUGCCUAACCUGCAGCUGAAUGUAUUGUUUUAGUAUAGUCUAUGUAUAAAAAAAAAAUCUUAAAAGAUGUCUUCAAGGAAGACUAGAGUCUUUAAGUCACUUAUAACUAUAUUUUACUACAUAAGAUUUGUGUAUAAAGAUAUAUUUAAAUGUUUUUGAUAAAUUUAAAUUACUCAGUAUGAAAUGUUUAAUUUCAAUUACUGUGAAUUCUUUUGGUCAACCUUUUUUCUUCUUAUUUUUAACCCUUUCUGUCAUAAAAAAACCAAACAAACAACCUUAACUGUUCUCGUAGGAACUAUUAGAAAAUCUAUUUCUUAGAUGGACAGGGUUAAAACCUUUUGUAAGAUAUUUAAAUGUAUAUUUUUGAAAGAAAUAUGCUGCAUUACCAAUGAUUUUUUAUCAAAAAUUUACUCUAAUUUUUAAACUAACUUACAGAUUUAUAUUUACUGACAAACCAAAAGUUGCUAUUGAUAAAAGAAAGAAAAUGGAAAAGAUGUUUUUGAAAUUUUUAGACUUCUAUUUCAGAUCUGUUUGAAUAUAUCCAUUUGGUCCCACAGUGGGAUUAUUCACUUUAAGAAAUCUGAACUAAUGGACCAUUCACAUAGCAUGUUAUUGGGGUGAUGAAUGCUAUCAAAUAUUACUUCUGGGAUAUUUCUAUAAAACAAAACUUUCAGAGGAGGGUGUUUCCCCACCUCCUCUGUCCCUCCCACCUUGCAGCCGACAAUAGCCUUAGUCCAAGAAUGUACAUGGCUCACCAUUUCUAAUGGCUUCUCAAGUCACCCUUCUGAUACAAUACAAGCACAAGUCCUUCUUUCGUAAUAUUUACUGCAAGUUUCUCAUAAAGCUCUUCUUGGUUCUAUAUCAGUCAAACAUGUCUACCCAUAACGUGUUAUACUUUUAAAAAAAAAUAAGAAAGCUCUCUUGGUUCAAAUACUAAGAUUCUGAGGUUGAUUGAUUACCCUGUUGGGUUCAAAUCUUGUCUGAGUAAAAGAUCACAGCUCCUUCAACAACAUGGCGCUAGGCAGUUAGUUGUUACUUACUCUCUAUUGUUGAAAGAAGUCUGAUGUUUCUCUGUUUAGCUACUUGAGUAGCAUUUUCUAGGAGAAGGUGGUUGUCUGCUUGUCUCUUACUAUGAUUGUAAUCUCUGUGCCCUGAUUGUGUCCUGUGAUGUAUUGUACCAGUCUUUUCUGUAAUGUAUCUACCUCAAGGUUUGAAAGAAGAUUUGUACUUCUGGUUGUGCCAAAAGAGCACUUUUUGUUGGGUGAUGAGUGUGGGUGUGGGUGUUAUGUGUGUGGGUGUGGGUGUGCUUGGUGGGUGCAAGUGUACAUGUGCGUCUAUUAGUUUGUCCUGCCUGGGGGUUGUUCAGUAAAUUAACAGAUAUUUUGAUAAAAUGUUGGUCAGUUUCCACAUACAAUACAUCUCUCUCCCUCCCUCUUUCUCCCCCUUCUCUCUCAUCUUUCUCUUUUACCUUCUCUUUUUUUCACUUUCUUAUCUCAUUUCUCAUUUCCUCUUCUUUCUCAUUUCAUCUUUCUUCCUCUCUUCUCUCCCUCCCUUUCCCUCUCUCCCCCUUCCCCCCCCUCUCUCUGUCUCUCCCUCUCUGUGUCUCUCCUUCUCUCUCUCCCUCUCCCUCUCUCUUCUUCCUCUCUUCUUCUCUCUCUAGCUCUGCCUGUCUGUCUCUCUCCCUCCUUCUCUCUCUCUCUCUCUCUCUCUCUCUCCCUCUCUCUCUCUCUCUCUCUCACCCUCUCCUCUCUCUCUGUCUCUCCCUCUCUGUGUCUCUCCUUCUCUCUCUCCCUCUCUCUUCUUCCCCUCUUCUUCUCUCUCUAGCUCUGCCUGUCUGUCUCUCUCCCUCCUUCCCUCUCUCUCUAUCUCUGCCUGUCUGUCUCUCUCCCUCCUUCUCUCUCUCUCUCUCUCUCUCUCUCUCUCUCUCUCUCACCCUCUUCUCUCUCUCUCUCUCCCUCUCCUCUCUCUCUCUCUCUCUCUCUCUCUCUCUCUCUCUCUCUCUCUCUCUCUCUCUCUCUCUCUCUCUCUCUCUCUCUCUUUCUUCCCCUCCUUACUUCCCUCCCUCCCUCCCACCUCUCUCUCUUUCCUCUCUCUCCCACCCCCUUUCUCAAUGAGCCUGAAUCCAUUACAGAUUUUAUUAUCUAGGGGGACAAAACAAACCCCCCGUCAAUCCCUGUGGCCAGUUUGAACACCCCCCCCCCAGCCACUUUGUAUUCUUUUCUAUGUUUGGUGUGUUGGCAGGCUUGUGAACUUGCUAAGUUGUAUAGUUUUGAUAACUAUGGUAUUAUAUUCUUUUUAUCUCUGUGCAUAAUAAAGAUAUAUAUCAAUUAUUCAAAAAGUUCCAGUUGGUUUGGUUGUCAUUAAAUAC